AUGGAUGACCAGUAUCCUUCAUGCUGCCAGCAGUUCUUUGCAAAGUACUUUGAGGGACAAUCUCCGCCUGCAUGGGCUGUCGAAGCUCUCAAGAGAGGUAGUGACAAAAUUCUGGCAGAUGGUCCGAGACGGUGUGGUAUCAAGAUGAUGCACAUCCUCUCCUCCGUCUCGUGGAUUUCUCCCAUUGCCUAUCUGCUGCCAUUCGGGGAUGCAGAUGUAAAGAAGCACACUGCGAGUGUCGACGUAUCUCGAAAUAUCGAUACGACGAGAAAAGGCAGCGAGGAACGGAACCCGAAUGAUCUGUUCACGCAUCUCAUCCUUGGAGACAAGGAUGUGGUGUCCGGCUGUGCUCGAAUUCGGAUUAAUCAAGGCGUCGGCAGGAAACACCAUGUCGAGGAGAGAUAUGUAGUUGCCGAAGAAAGUGUGCCCGCGAAUGUCGUCUUCGCGGCUUUUGAUGAGGCCAGGACCUAA